AUGAACGCGAACUGCCCUGAAAUCUCCACUUCCGAGCUUUACAGGCUACUUGCAAAGCUUCUUGCUUCGAUGCACAUCCUGGACUGCCUCAAAGAUUCAAAGCAAGCCCUACGUCUUGCACUGUCAGCCGUCUCAGCGCAGGAGGGGGAUGAGCAGCAGCUGCUGACAGCUGUCCAGGACUUUUUCAACAUGCCCAGUGCAUGUCUGGUCUUAUUACGCGACAUGCUCCUCGAGCAGCCUGAAGCACUCGCACAGACCAAGGUCGCCCUGUCCAAGCUGCUCGAGAUCCAGCUACUUGCGGUUGACGGUGCCGGCUGCCAGGAGGGCGAGCGCAAUGCGCGCAUUGCGCUGUCGCUCCUCGUGCACUUGUACUGUUGCGUGGAUAGUGUCGAGCAGGCACAGGCGUUGGCCAUGCAGCGGCUUCGAGCUUGUGUGGCAACCUUGAGGACCACGCCCAUUGUGCCGGGCUACGGUGACGUCUCAAUUGACCUGCUGAAGCCUUUACGGGGUCUUUCACAGCUGGGGUCCCCAUGGGAGUCACCAGCAGCCGUUGAGGCACCUGCGUUGGAGGAGAGGGCAGUGGGCAUCCUGGCCGGUCGUGCCAUGCAGCUCAUGAGGGAUUGGCAAGCGGCCAUCCUGCAGCUCGAUGCGUUCCGGACGUGGCAGCGUCGGGAACGGCUCGAGGAGGGCGUCGCUGCUGAGGCUGCUCCCGCUGAACAACCCCAAGCCAAGGCCAAUCUGCCAAGGUGUACAUUUGCGCCUGCUGAUAUGCCGGACGUCGUCCGGAUGGUCUCUUACAUUAAGGGACUGCAUGGCGUCCUGACAGAAAACAUGACCUGGAUGGAGCCCCUACUGCGCGUCCAUUGUGCUGCGCAUCUUGCCCAGCUGCUCAACUCCAUCGUGCUGCCAGUAGCUAGCGGCGUGCUUGGCAUGCCUCAGCCAGCCCCCAUCCCAACAGUGGUGGCGGCAGCAGUAAACAACCCGCAGCCGAGAUCAACCCAACUGCUGCCACUGGCUAAGGUGUCUUGCGAAGCGCAUCCAUUGUCGGCACCCUCAUCAGCGCGGGGAACCGGGACAUGUAGUGUGCUGGCAGCAUCCACAGUCCCAGUAUCCGCAGCAGUCAGCGGGGCGGCCGGUGAUGUCGGUGACGCUGGUACUGGCACCGCCGCUGGUGUCGCGGCGAAUAUCGGCCGCAUGUGGAAAAACAAGGCUCUGCGUCAUGGCCGUACCAGGUCCACCGUGUCUUCCCUUGAGGCCAUGACCACUGGUGGUCCUCAGGGCUCUGGUCCUAUGCCCCCAGCUGCUGGGCAGAUGGACGGCCUAAACUUGGGACCUUCACAGCGCACCACAGAGGAUUCUGCCGACACAGGAAACCUUAUUGCGAGCAUUACAGCUGAUGGCAUGGACUGGGCUGUAGCCCGUCCUGCUGAGUUCAGGAAUGAUCCGUACGCGCGCCUGAGAGAAUGGUUUGCAGCAGGUGGAGUUAACCCCAACGGCGGGGCGACAAUGACUUCCCUAAACGCCCCUCUACAGUCCGUUCCAGAAGGGCAAACGCCAAGCUCUGAGUUGCACUCGCCGGCUCCAGCAGGUGCAGCUGAGACACAAAGCCGUUGUGCUGUUGUACAGGAGUCAACAGAAGUCGGUAUGAUGGGGGCGACCAACACCCCCUCAGCACACCGUGGCUCGGGAGAGCAGCAGUGGCCAGGAAGUAGUUGUGCACGCAUGGCGGCCACGACAGGCACAGACGGGACUGAGGACGGCGUGGAAUGCACUGUCAGCAGUGUCAGUGACUGCGAGGGCCUGAUGGCGGGGCUUGACAGCGAGGAAGCAUGUGACUCUGGUACAGCUAUGGUCGAUGGUGUGGUUGCUAAGGAAACAGACAAGGUGCAGACCCACCAACAAUCCGAGCAGCAGCCUUGGCCUGCCGCAGACCUACUCUGGCCAGCACCGCCGGUUCCGUCCGCCUCGUGGCUUGCAGGUAAUACCGUUAGCCCACCAAACGCGAACAACAUCGCUGUCAGCGCUGGCGGGGCGAGUAGCAGUGCAGGGGUGGGGAAGUCUCCUGUGGCUGGAGGAGCCCGUGUCACUGCACCGGCGGCGCUCAGCACUAACCCGCUCUAUAUCUACCCAAGUGCCGCGCGUGAGGCAGUGGCUGAGCAGGAGCGGGCGACUGUGGCCAUCUGGAUCGCAAGCGAGGGGGGUGCUUCGGCGCCGCCUGCACUUGCAACGCUUGAACAGCGCGCAAUGGUCACGCGCAUCACCGCUGAGGGCACAAUCACCGAAGAGGCAACCACUCCGAAGCUCGAACAGCAGCGCCAACAGGAGUUGCAUGACUUUGGUGACGUCCGGAUUAGCUACUGUGAUGACCUGGGGGCUACCCCGCAAAUUGACUCGGGUGUUCGGCAGCACUCAUGCUACGAAGGCUCCACAGCCCGCUUGGGCUCAAGACCGCAGGACGGCACUAUCAACGGCUACAGCGAUGAUCUGAAUUUGUCCCAAGGUCAACUGGACAUGCCGCCGCACGACUUCAGUGACAUUGGUGCAAGCUAUGACGGCAUGACGACUGCACAGAUGCACCUCGACACGGCCGCUGUAGCUGGACACUCCCACGGUGCCAAGAAGACUGCGUCGUCGCCCUUCAAACGCAUCAAGAAGCUGUUUAGCAAGCGCUUUUCUGCCACCGGCGAAAAGACUACUUCGGCACCUGCCGGUCCGACAGCGUCUGUACACUAUGACGAGACCGUCAUCGCUCCUGGUGCUUCGGACCCUGCUCUGGAGGCCUACUACAGUGGCGCUGACUACUCCACCGCUGUGGCUGGCUUCAGCGCGCUGCCUGCUCCUUACCUAGCGGAGUCGCGCGAGAUUGCGAGUCUUGACAUAGAUUCAAGUGCGUUGCUGGGCGUGCAGGGAGCUAAUUAUGGGGCACAUGGCAUCGGCUUGACCGGCCACCAUCCCCCAACCUUGUCGGGCGAAUUCCUUCCAGGCGUCAUGGAGGAGGCAGCUGCUCGGGACGGCGCCGUGGCGGUCCUCAGCGUUGGGCCCUCCGGGCAGGUGCUGGGUGCACAAACUGAACAGCAGGCCAGCGGCGACACGGCUGACACGAAUGCUGCCGGUGGACGCGCCGGUGGCAAAACGCGACCAUCCGCAGGUGGUGGUGGCGGUGUUGGCCUGGUGAAGGGAGCGGCGGCGUUCCUGGAGGUUGCGGCCAGAGCGCGUGAGGAGCAGAGCUGCCUGCGCCUCCGGGUUUUCGCAAGUGACAUGCAGGGCUUCGUCCGCCUGCGAAAUUCGGCGGAGCUGAUGGCAGAGGAAUUGGCCCGCUGGUUGAACCAGCGCCGCGAACGAGGCAAGAGUACGAAGGACGGCCCCUCCACGAUGCAAUUGUUGGCUUUAUCGUCCGAGCUUCGCAACUUUCUGGCCGUUGGCUUACCGUCGCUCGAGCCGCUCCUUUCCUUCCAAGCCAACCUAGCCGCCGCGGCAGAUCUCUCGGCCCUUCUGCUGCUGGACCCUUCACGGUCGUAUGGGUCCGUGCCGGGCAACGGCCUUGCGGCGGACGCGCGAGGGAGCAUUCCCUGGGAGCUUGCUAGUAAAGGUGUGCUGAUGCACACCACCAUUGACAGCGGCACUGCCAAAGCAACCGAGCUACCACUGUCGUCCGGUCUUACUGUGCUGACAAUCUUCAAGGACGCAAUCGAGGCCUUGCAAAUGCAGCAGGCCCAGGCUAACGCUAGCGGCUACCCAGAGCCCUCUACGGCAGCUCGUCUGCAGCUGCUGUACCGCCGCCAGGCAAAAUGGUGCCUUGGUGCGUUCAUGCAGAUGGCCGCAAGAAGGGUGUGGGCAACCUACAAGGUCCAAGCUGCGCGGUCGAAGCUGGGACUUGUCAUUCCGCCCGGGGCCCCUGACGUCGCUGCAAGCACAGUCGCCUUCCAUGGCCUGUUCCGACCGCUGCGAGAGGACACCGCACCUCAGCAGCUCCUGCUGCUGGCAAAUGCUGGGUUGGACACGAGUGUGGACACUAGUUUUACACUCAGUGACCAGCUCUCCUGCGCUAUCGACGACCUGGUCCGCCAGUCCGCCUCUAGGACUGCAGACCUGCUGCUGGGAUCUGACCUAACGUCGCUGUUGGCCGUUAAGCAGCAGGGUUGCGGCAGCAGCGCGGCUGGUAUCACAAUCAGUGCAGAGGAUGUCGUCUUAACGCACGCAUGUAGUGUCGCGGCUCUCCGCACACUUAGCACGUGGUCAUACGAUAUGACGGCUGUCAGGUUCCGCCCGACGAAGCACACCAAGAUUAUUUGGGAUGGCCUCGUAGGAAACACCGCCUCCGAGGCCGUAUCGCCUCUUUUCUUGGACGGCGCUGACAUUGCUCUAGCCAAUAUUGCCGUUGACUCAGCGUCUGGUGGCGUGCGGCAAGGCGGCCGGGGCAGCGACGCCAACACUUCAAUUUUCGGUCGGGCCCACGUUCAUGCCUUACACGGCCUUUUGGGCCUCACUGGCGUGGGUCGCUGGGUUGCGGCCCUACGUCGGCAUGCUGUUGACCUACUGGCGGAUGCCGCGCCUCUCUUGCGGCGUGUGCAUGAGUUAUAUGACAGCAGCUUAGCUGGUCCACGGGGGCCCAGCAUGCGGGAGUCAGGAGGCGCGUCGGGCUACCUUCAGCUCCAGCAGCGUUGGCUCCGCGACCGAGGUCAUAGCGAGCUGCUUGUCUCGGCACAUAGGGCUCUGCAGGCUCUGGGUAACACCGUAGCAGCUGUAGCUCUCACUGACAGCGUUUUAGCGGAGCUCUGCAUCGGCAGGGCACCACACCUGCUGCCUUUGGCUGCAUCGGCGAUGCAGGCUGAUCAGCAAGCCCACGCUGCUCUCAAGGCCAUGGCCACUGCAGGCCUUAUGGCUGUCUCCCAGUCGGCCGUCCAGGCAGCUUCCCUUGUUCAGGAACGGAUGCAAGAACAACUGCCAGCGGCAUUCGGUCUGCCUGGGUGGGUCUAUGGGUAUUCAGAGCAAAUACCCAGAAUGGUCCAAGUGCAGCUUUCCUGCUUGACACCCGAGGAGCAGGUGGUACAUUCUGCCAACGUCGGAGAUGGUGUUUAUGUAUCAGCGGCGGCGCUCGUGCAACUUGCCGCCGCGGCAGCUAUCGCACCCGGAAGUGUGCUACAUGGGGAUACCAUGACACAGCUACAGCAGGCCGUCACCCUGGAGCAAUUGAAGUCCGAGCUGGCUGUUGCCGCUGCCCAGUCGACCCAUCCUGCGCACUCGAGUGUAAUGGUUGAGAAGGCCACUCUCGAUCAGCUCAAGGCAUGGGCAACGCGUGCUGAAUCAGUUCGCGCGUCCUGGGAUCGAGCUGUGCAGCUUACAGUUGGUGCCGGUACGGCAGCAUCUAGAAUGCCAGGCCAGCGCUCUGCUUGGCCGGAUUCCUCGGCAAGCCAGGCAACUCGGGCCCUCGACACACCAGCUCUUGUCUCCUGCAGCGGUGAGCAGUGGGUAUACUUGGUGCAACAUGCAUCUUCAGCUGGAGCAACCAUGCUCGCGCGGGCUGCGGCUGCGGCAACGGCAUCAGCGCCACAUUCCGUAGCACAGCAACAACAGGCAGUUGCGAAUAGCCAAGGUGCACCAGGUUCCCGUGGACAAGCAGGAUCACAGGGCCGCCCACCAAGCCAGCCUGGCAUGCUGAACGCGACGAUGCCGCCCAUGUCGCGCAACGCCCCUCCGCGCCCGCCAACGAACACCACCUCCCAGCAACCGGGUUCGGCGACGGCCGGUAACGCUGCUUUGCACCGGAACUCCCUGAACGGGCCACCUCUCCCGCCACGCGGAGUGGUAUCUGGGCCCAUUGCCCACGGCGGACGGAGCACCUCAGGGCAGGUCAUCGAGGGCCCUGUUGCCCACCCACCACCACCACCACAGCAGCAACAACAACAGCAGCCGUUGCAGCAGCUUCGUGCGGCGUCCCAGGUGCUCAUGAAGUCCCCCAGGGGUGACGGCACUGGGCUGGGAACGCAUGGUUUAUUUACAAUCGCCGGUAGUACGGUAGCACAGAGCCGGUCGCGCGCGGCCUCAAGCCUUGGCGACUGGGGUCAAAUUGAGUGAUUCACUUUUUGUUGAAUAGCAAAUUGAUACUCGACUGGGCACUCCCAGGCUAGUUACUCGUUAUUUCGUGCAGUGCCAAUGGUUGUUAUUCAAUAUUAAUGGCAAGUUGGGAGGUUUAGAAGCUAGCUGUUGCUAUUGCGAUUGAAUGAGAUUGUAGACUUGAAAGGAUAGAAAGAGCAUUUCGUACAUGACAGUAGGGAAGGUAUAAACGUCGUUUCAUAAUACUGAUCAUCAUGUGAUAAGCUGAAUAGAUUUGCAGGAUAGAUACACGCAGAGUUACGAGUCGGGUGUGUAACCAUACACAGAAC